GGAUCUAAAGAGAGGUGUGACUUGGCCCCUUUGGGCUUGUUGAAGACCAGUCUAACUUCUGCGUUCUGAAUCAUUUCUGAUUGAGCGGAGUCCCACAGCCCUUCCUCGCUCAGCAGUUUACCUCUGCAUCAUCACCUUUGUCAUGGGAGCUAGCAUACACCUGGUAGGAGACUCUAUUAACCAUCGUCUCAUCCUCAGUGGAUACCAGCUUCACCUUUCUGUCAGAGAAAACCCCAUUAUCAAAGAUCUGAAGCCUGCCUCACUGAUUGAUUCCUUUGAGCUUCUGUAUUACUAUGAUGAGCACUUGGGGCAUUCCAUGUGGUAUGUCCCUUUCUUUCUUAUCCUCUUCUUAUAUUUCACUGGCUGCUUUACACAAGUUAAAGAUGAGAAGAUGCCUUACUCAGGCUGGCUGCUACUUGGCCCCAGUGCUGUGUACUAUUGGUAUCUGAUUACUGAGGGGCAGAUCUUUGUCCUGUAUGUCUUCACCUUUUUUGCCAUGGUUGCCACUGUGAUGUGCCAGAGGUGGAUGGGCUUUGUGUUAGACAGCAAUGGCCGUUUCCUUUUCUAUAACUUCAUCAUUACUCUGGGAUUAGUUCUGGUAUGGGUCGCAUAUCUGUGGAAUGAUAACGUUUUGCGCAAAAAGUAUCCCGGUAUCAUCUAUGUCCCAGAGCCUUGGUCCUUCUAUACCUUACACAUCAAAGGCAGUUAAAUACUAACAGCAAAUCUGAACUAAACUUCAUUGACAUUUCUGCAGUAUAAUGCUUUGACCAAGUUUAAUGGCACUUUGAGUGAAACUGAGAAGAUUUACUUAAGUUCCAGUGUUACUUAAAUGGAUUGUUCAUCCAAAAAUGAAAAUUCUGUCAUUUCAAAACCCUCAAGGUAU